UGGAGAAGAGUUAUUAAAUGAAGUUAUUCAAACAAACUGUAAACGUUAUGAACCCAAGGAAAUAAAAGUGCCAUUGACAGCAUAUUUAAAUAAAAAAUCCAACAGUGGUCAACUAAUUAUAUUAAUUGAACCUACCAAAAAAGCAUGGGAUGAAUGUCAACGUGGAGACUGGCAAUAUAGACAAAUUAUAUCAGCCUGGUUACAAUGUACGCGAUUAGCAGUCGAUGUAUAUCUUUCUUCAGGUAAGUAAAUUAGAAAAGUAGAGAAGCUAAUUUGUUAGCAAUUAAUACUUUUGGAUUCAAUCGCACCCAAAUGAGAUCUAAGACUGGAUGGUUUCGGCACAUACUGAAAACUACUUGGGAAAGUUUUGAGAACUUUUACUGCGGUAAACUUCCGUAAAACAUAUUUUUACCGUUACCGCUCAUCCCUAACGUAAUCGAAACAUUGUAGCAACCUGGUCUAUUGUACGGUUUUCACUGGUGUGGAAGAUGAUAUUACAACUUAUGUAUUGUAACUAAUAUGUUUUAUUGGUUAUAACAGAUGAAAAAGUACUCGUCACUGCAUGCCGUAAUCUUCUCUCUUAAAUAAUACUGCAGUAUAAAUAUUUAACAGAAACUAAAUGACGUCAAAAUGAACCUGUAAAGUCGAAAUGUAACGUGAGCCAUUCCAUAUGAAAUCGAAAAAGGAUGUUGAUGUCAUGUCUUUUAUAUUUUAAGUGUCCAGACAUACUUAGAAACAUACACAAAAUAUAUCUUUUGACAAAUCCAUAUUAAGGAUGAUAUACGAUAUUUAUAAAGUCGUUCCCAGCAUAAAUAAAUUUAUCACUAUUCCAGCACAUCAACUUCUGGAUCAAAAUAUCUUAUCUGUGUAUAUCGUAAACGUUUGGUAUUAUGUGCCAUGGUGGUUGGUUAUGUGCACUAUGAGUUGCUAUAGUAAUGGUCUUCAGGAGAUUCUUUCGUAUAUAGCUCUUUACAUUAGCAGUUGCACCACGUAACUUCGGAACUUUGGGGAAACCCAUUGGAACUUUUGGAAAUAAUUAGAAAUUAAUGCGAACUAAUUUAAAAACGUCUCAUAUUAAACUAGUGCGCAUUCAUUUUUUUCUGAUUAAAAAUCAAUUCAAAUUAAUUUAACUUCAUAAAUUAAUUCAAAUCAAUUGAAUUUUAAUCAGAAAAAAAUGAAUGCGCACUAGUUUAAUAUGCAGCUUUUUUAAAUUAGUUCGUAUUAAUUUCUAAUUAUUUCCAAAAGUUCCAAUGAGAGGUUAUUCAUUUUCAUGUACUUAGGACCGCCCUUUCGCAAUCUCUGAAAAAUCAGCAAUUUCUAUUUUUUAACAUUUGUUUCGUGAUUACAUAAAAACACUUCUAAGACAUUCCUGAGCGUUCAAACAUGUAUUGUAGACAGGUGCACAUAGCCAAACAAAAAAGAUUCUUUUCGCGAGGACCGAGCAAUCAGAUAAAAAGAAUUUUAGUCGAGUUUAUCCUUAUGGAGAAAUGCGAUUUCAUCUAGGAUAGUAUCAAGAUAGCCAAUCGCUUCGAAACUUUUCGGUCGGAGGGAACAUAUGAGACUUUAGAAAAAGAUAGGUCAGAAACUCCUUUCAUCCUAAGCGAAAAACGAUAAAAGCAAACAUUGUUUCUUUUUCUAGCUAAACCUGUAAGUAUUGAUAUAGUAUAUUGCUAAAAAUUAAUGUAUGACUGUCUCACCAAAUAAGCAGAUCAUACAAGUUUUAUUGUGUCAAAAGUGCACUUGUGAGAUAGUGGUUAAAGAGAGUAUUCACGAACAUUCAGUGAUAGUAAUUGAUCUUCCUUAGCAUGCAACGCACAUUUACACAAAAUUCAAUGUGAGAUAAAAGUUUGAUUUCAUCACGUUUGCCAUAUUCAUUGAGUGGUUUUGAGUCCUGUUGGAUCUCUUUAACGGGAUUGUUAUAAUCGCUUUAUUAUUUCUUUGAAUUUAUUUUUAUCGAUGUAAUCAGAAGAGUAUUUGGUCAAAAUAUUGUUGUUUUGUUCUUUAAACAAAACUGCUUUGAUUAUAAAUUUCUUUAUACUAUAGGUAUGGACUUAAUCUUAACUGCAUGGGUUACUGAAUUAAUGACUGGC